CUAAGUACUUCAUAAAAACAAAACUAAAAUUUCUAUAGACGUACAAAUCACAUGAAUAUCCAUAUUAUUUUCAUAGGAAUAUCCUUACCAAAUUUGGUUUAUAACAAGCUCAAUGUACAAGAAUGGAACUAAAUGUGUAUAAUCAAUUCAGCCAAGUUGCAGAUUACACCUUAUACCAUUGAUUACAUACUCUACCGAUUUAAAUCAAUCCGUAUUCCUGCUUCUCAGUAACAUCAAUAUAAAACCGUCCCUAAACUACCUUCAGUUCAGUCAGUCAGUUAUCUCGAGUGCAUUGGAACACGCUAUUUAUCGUGAAGGAAAGUGUAGGGAAAUGGAUCCAGAACUUGAUAAAAUGUUUACCUUUCUCCGGCGACCCUUAAAACUGUUGGGCCUUGAUGUGCUCGAUGCGAACUGGAAAGUGACUCCACUUACGAUGUUCAUUGUCGCCGUAUUUGUGCUGCAGCAUUAUGGGAGUUUCUUAUUUUUGAAAACGCAUCUGGACGCAUUCGUUGUGUUCACUGAAUGCUUCUCGACAUCAGGCGUCGCGCUGGAAAUUGUCAUUCGGAUGGGGUUGCUCGUAUACCAUCGCAAAAUGCUGAAUGAAACGAUUGAGGCGAUUGGAAAUCAAAAUAAUCUUUUCAGACACAGCGAAAACUUCAAGAACCUUGCGAACCAAUUCUACAAGGUGGUAUCCGUAUCGCUGCACAUGAUCGCUUGCAUAUAUCUUUCGACGAUGAUGUUCGAACUGAUUCCAAUCGUGUAUCCUGACCCAAAUAAAAGCAAUUUACCAUUAGCGCUUUACAUACCGCAUUUGCCACAUGAUGUUGCACCGUACUGGCACAUUAACUACGUCUAUCACACAUUUAUGAACUUAAUAUGUGUGAUGUUUCUAGUCGCGGUAGAUGGUACACUCGUUCUCUCCAUCCUGGCUGCUGUCUACCAGAUCAAGGGAUUAAAGCUAUGCUUUCAAGAGCUCGACACGGCCGCAGAACAAGCCGAGCUACAUCGCGAGCUUGUACGUAUCUGCAAGACGCAUCAAAGCAUCAAAAACUUUAUCCGUCUGCUGGAACGAACGUACUAUUUAGAUUUGCUGGUAGAUUUCGGUCUCGUCUGCGUGAUUCUUUGCAUGGGAUUAAACGUGAUCGCCGUCGAUAUAAUGCAACCGAUCGGAUUCUAUCUAAUGUCGGUCGCCUUUCAGCUGUUUUUACUGUGCUUCUGCGGCAAUCUAUUGCUGAUCGAGAGUGACUCACUGUCGAACUGUCUGUACUCCAUCGAUUGGUACUUGAUGCCGGUGGUGGAACAAAAAAUGUUCAAGUUCAUGAUAGCAAACGCACAACCACCGCAGAUGCUGAACGGCAUCUUUAUGCCAUUGAUUUUGUCCAGCUUUAUGUCGGUCAUUAAGGCGAGCUAUUCAUAUUUCACACUGCUCCACUAAGUAGCGUGAGUAAUGGAAGGUCGUUUCUCGAUAAAAGAUACACCGCGUCAAAGACAAAAAUUUUCA